AUGUCCAGGGAGGAAGAGGAAGAGAUAGAGCUGGUGAGGAGACAGGUGCCCCAGGAAGCGUGUGAGCUGAAGAAUAUUGUGACACCAGCUCUUCUUCUACAGUCGGGGUUGCUUCAAGGAAUGGCUGAGGUGCCGAAGAAGGUGGUGACCGUGGUUGAGUCGUCACCGAAGGUAGUGGUGGAUCCGGAGGAGAGGCAACGAAAGUUGCAAGAGAGAAGAGAGAAAGAUAGGGCCAAUAGGGCCAAGAAGCAGGCAAAGGGGGCGCCCAGUACCGCCAAGGGGACAGCAGCCCGGGCUGCUGGGAAGCGGCCUCGAAUGGAGGAGGAUGAGCUGUUGACGGAGCUGGAGAAGAAGCGGAGGGGACUUGAGUCUUCGAUCCAUGAUGUCAUGGGUGGAACAGUGCUGCCGCCGUUCGACCUAGAUCCCCCACCCAGGCUGCCGCUCGAGAUGGAGGAGCUAUUCCUUACAGGUACCGAGGAUAUAGACUUUGCCUCGGUUCGAUGA